AAUGCACUCCGGGGUCGCAGUCCCCCAUUGGUCCCCGGGGCUCCCGCGUCACCGUCGACGCGGGAGUCCAGUCCGGAACUGCCGAGAAACUCCACUCCGGGCUCCCCAUCCCACCCAGUUGCACUGUACCUCCUCGCCUGAUUAUUGUAUCUUAACUUAUUUUAAUCCUUAACCUUCGCAUUAAUCAGCGAAUCGCCGCCACAUAUACACACACACACAUUUAAAAUAACACAACGAUCAAGCCGAACGCGAUGUCGUCCAACAGCAGCAGCAGCAACAACAGCAGCAGCGACCCCAAGAAACCCAACAAGAUCCAAAGGUACAAGCCCCCGUCAGCAGAGAACUCGCAGACGUUGGAGGAUCCCACGCCGGACUACAUGAACCUCCUGGGCAUGGUGUUCAGUAUGUGUGGCCUCAUGCUCAAGCUCAAGUGGUGUGCCUGGGUCGCCGUUUACUGCUCCUUCAUCAGCUUCGCCAACUCGCGCAGCUCCGAGGACACCAAGCAGAUGAUGAGCAGCUUCAUGCUGUCCAUUUCGGCGGUGGUGAUGUCGUACCUCCAGAACCCACAGCCCAUGACGACGCCGUGGUGAAGACGCCGGGGACGCGCCGUGCUGUCACUCGCACCACCGCACACCGGCCGCUGACACACCGCAGCCUCUCACCACAGCCUCUCACCACAGCCUCUCACCACAGCCUCUCACCACAGCCUCUCACCACAGCCUCUCACCACAGCCUCUCACCACAGCCUCUCACCACAGC